GUUGGAACGUGUGUUUCGAACGAUUUGGUUGCGAUGCGGAUGACACAUGCCAAAAGGAUGCAGAUUAAGUGAAUAAAUUGGAGGCAAAAGUUGGAGCAAGGUUUAGGGAAAACUUUAUUGAAAUGUGUCAAAAUGAAAUAGUUAACAGAACCCUGUGAAAUAUAGAAGAAGAUUUUGAAAACAAUUCACUGAAUGAAGCAAAUAUAAAUGGCUUACCAAAUAGAGAUACCGAGCAAACCACAAGCGAAAUUAUCGAGGCAUUCCAACCCAUACCACAUUAAGCGGCCUAUGAAUGCGUUCAUGGUGUGGUCUCGGCUGCAGAGGAAGAAAAUAUCGAUGUUAAACCCGAAACUACACAACUCGGAGAUAUCGAAGCGAUUAGGUUUGGAAUGGAAGAGCCUGGAUGAGUCGGAGAAACGACCAUUCAUCGACGAAGCGAAGCGAUUGCGGAUCAAACACAUGCAGGACUAUCCAGAUUAUAAAUAUAGACCGAGAAGGAAAAACAGAGUUGAUACUACCAACUUCUCGAGCCAACCAGCAUACACGAGAGAUACUUUCAUCGAAGUCGAGCCAAGAGCUGAAUCCUCAUAUCAAAUACCUCUUAGUUAUUCCGAUCAUCAGUUCAUGUACAAUAAUAUGAUAACGUACACAGUUCCUUCAAUCCCACAGUCAGGGUACGUUCAGGUCCCCAAGGAGGAGUCCCUGCCAAGUCUGGAUUUAAGACCCCUGCCCUCAAUAGAGAGCAUAUCUCCACGACCGUUUGCGGUGGUAAACCAGCAAAUGAUGGUGAAGGCGUAUCAAGACCUGCAUUAUGUCCCUGGUGAUGUUGCGAGGAUAUCGUAUCACUAUCCUUUUGGUGUUCAGUAAUAAGCGGAAGAUCUGUUUAUAAUUUAAAAAAUAUGUGCAGUUUUUUAUGUCACUUUAUGUUAAUUAUUGAAGGAGACUUUUGUGUCGGAUAUGGCUGGAUAUAGAUGAAUGAAUACACAAUGAAGAGAAACAGAAAGAAAUUAAAACAUUUUCAAUUAUCUUUAAGGUCAUUCAGUUCCUAACAAAGAAAUGAUUUCAAAACAGGGUUUCUUUAUUUAUUUAAGAAAGAUUUACAGACAAAUAACUUUAUUAGAAAUUAAGCACAAAUAUAGUUCUUACUUACAAAUCUUCAUCUAUAAUUUACCAUAUAGUAAUGCUUGAGGGUUCCUAAUGAGAAUAUUUAUGUCACAUUUAUUGGAUAAUUUUUGUAGUUAAUUUGAUUGAUCUAAAUAAUUUUAGUAGAGAUUCAUUGUCAUAUUUUAUUGUACAUAGUGGUGCGAAUAAUAAAACACGUUGUAAUUCCUUUACUAGUUAUAACGGGUGGCAAAAUUAUUUUCUUAGAUUCCAUAUUAUUUCUUCUUAUAAUAAACACGAAAUCGUCUAUUUUCAAAAACAGACAUAAUAAGUAUAGUAAACUUAUAUUUUAGACCGAAAUAUCAUACACUAGUUACAAUAAUGGAAAAAAAUAAAUAAUGUAAUCUUAUAACUUAGAUAUGAUUGUUAUAACCAAUUCUAAAAUGUGAUAAAAUAACCCGAAAGCGGGAUGUAGUGAACUAAAUGUUUAUUCGUAGAAAAAGCUUUAACUAUAGUUAAGAUAUUACUAAGGUCUGGUUGUUGCUUAGCGUUAAAGGGUUCGUAAGGUUAAUUCAAUUUUUUUUUGUUUGUUAAUUUUUAUUUCACGGGAUUGUAAUCAAAGUUACCAUAUUUUGACCAAUGAUUGUUGGGUUUUGAGAUUGAUUUCUAAGACAGUUAUUCUAUGUUUUCGAUUCAAUAUAUGUUCCACGUUACCUGAAUUUGAAACAUGUCCCCAAUAUGGCGAUAGGCUUCAUGGAUGUCCGUUCGACGAACUGUGAAUGAAAAGUCAUGGUUCGUUGAGCUAUUUUUAGUUGAGCCUCUGCUUAACCCUUCGGAGUUAAAGGCGUGAACUUAUGUAAGUUAUUGCCAACAAUUGUUAUGAUGUGUAAUAUUCUUACGAACACUAACGAUUAAAAUGGUUUGAAAUACCACAAAGAGUUACCCAUUGUUGUAGUCUUUUAUAUAAAUAUUAAAAUAUGUUAAUUGUAAAUAAUA